AUGAAAUUCCCAUCCUCGCCAGCCCAUGACUCAACGCGUUUCCGCUCUUCCUUCUCAGUGCCCCCGCGUCGCGGCAGCCUUGAAGCCGAACAUGAAUUCUUCACGACACGAGGUCAGCAUCUGCCUGACAUAGUCAGGCGGCUAUCUUUAUCAACAAGCCCGAUAGCAUUGCGCCUUCCAAAGUACCAUGCGCAACCAGAAGGAAGGCCGGGAAGAGACAGUGGGGAAUAUGCGACGGGUGCUGAGGAUGAAGAGAUCGGCUCCGAUUCGUUUUUGCAGACGAGGAGAGGCAUGAGGUUGAUUGGAAAGAAUAAUAAUCCUCGGUAUCAGUGGCAUCGAUAUUUCAAGACAACCGAAGAGUUGCGGCAAAUGCGAAAGCCGAUCCGGGAAUACUACGAGCGGAACAACUAUCUCAUCUCCGAGUAUAUUUACAUCGACCGACUGCUUGACUCGCCUUUACCUCGCAGGUUGAUCGAAGAAUACAACGAAAACAAUCCGGCGCCUACUACAACCGGUGGCUCCUCGCCUGUAUGGAUGCAAGACAGAAGUGCGCUCUCGCCUGGCCAGCACUUGGCAACGAAUGGCACAGGCACGACACAUGCAGAUAUUACCGCGCAGGAAAUCGCCAGGAUAAAACGGACCCCGCGGAAUCUGUACCGCAUUCCAAGCAGCAGUGCCUCCAUCUCAUCUACCUUACCCGAUGAAGAACAGCCUCUUCUCCAUGAUAUCGCGGCGGUCAGCGAAUCCUUUGUCGAUACCGGUGAUCAUGUAGUCAUGGUUGCCAUCUGGAUUAACCUUGCAGCCAACAUCGUGCUUCUUAUAGCCAAGGUGGUGGUCAUGACAUUAACUAGUUCCAUGUCCGUGCUUGCUAGUUUAGUGGAUGGGGCUCUGGACUUCCUCAGCACUGCAAUCGUGUGGACUACAACCAACCUGAUCAUGAAACAAGAUCGGUAUCGAUACCCAGUUGGUCGACGACGACUGGAGCCUCUUGGCAUCCUGAUCUUCUCGGUGAUCAUGGUUUCGUCCUUUUUCCAGGUCGCCCUUGUAUCCUUCCAACGCUUGAUAUCGUCCGACCAUGCCCUGAUUGAACUUACUCCGCCGGCUAUUGGUAUCAUGGCUGGAACUGUUGUGGUCAAGCUUUUGUGCUGGAUCUGGUGCCGACUAGUGAAAAACUCCAGCGUCCAGGCUCUGGCCCAAGACGCGAUGACAGAUGUGAUUUUCAAUAUAUUCAGCAUCAUAUUCCCUCUGGUCGGCUCCUUUACACAACUGUGGUACCUCGACCCGCUCGGCGGUCUCCUCCUCUCACUGUACAUCAUGUGGAACUGGGGCAGUACCACAGCCGAACAUAUCCCCCGGUUGACAGGCGCGACAGCAUCACCCGAUGAACGCAACGUUCUGCUGUACAUGACCAUGCGGUUCUCCAAACUCAUUGAGAAAAUCCAAGGCCUGCAAGCAUAUCACGCGGGUGACAAGCUGAUUGUCGAGGUUGAUAUCGUCAUGGAUGAGAAGACGAGUCUUCGUGAUAGCCAUGAUCUUGGUGAGAGCUUGCAGUAUAUGCUGGAGAGCGUGCCGACGGUUGAUCGGGCUUUUGUGCAUUUGGAUUAUGCGUCGUGGAACCUUCCGACUCAUAUGAACCAGCAGGAAAAUGAUUUGUAA